AUGGCUGGUAUUCACAAAAUUGCUGACAUCAAUCCUACAAUCGAUAAUUUGUGUGUACGUAUACGAGUGAUACGGUACCGAAUAAAGCUUGGUGUCAUUGAUGAUUCUGACUGUGCAUGUUUCGUAGUCUUUGACAAUGAGGUAAAACAAAUUUUGGGAAAGAACUGUGUAGAGAUACUUGAUCCACUCUUAUUGGAUGUUUACUACACCGGUGGUUUAUUUUCGACUUCAAAGGCUUUCUCAAUUAUUGAAGGAGAGAAAGUAGAAGGUGUUAAGAUUCAUUGGAGCACACAAAUCGAAUUAGAUUGGUCUUCAAUGAUGAGAUUAACCUUUCAUUUUCCUGGAGAGCAAAAUAUCAUCUUUAAAGACGAUGAUGAUCUUGAGAAAAUCGUGGAAGAAGAGGAAGAAAAAUGUACGAUCUUCCAAGAUGCUUGCUAUUCCAUGGGACUACUGUGCGAUGAUAGGGAAUUCAUUACAGCUAUUAAUGAGGUAGCUGAACUUGCAUCUGGAUUAAACAUGACUGAUGACAAAUUGAAAAACCUCUGCCUUAUUCAGAUUGAGAAGAUACUCAACAGCAAUGCGAGAUCUUUAAGAGACUAUCAAUCAAUGCCAUAUCCUGAGAUGUCUGAUGUUCGCCUUUUUCAAAAUAAGCUAAUAGAGGAAGAGUUAGUAUAUGACACAAAUGAGUUGACUCAUACAAACUUAUAUAUAGAACAAAAGAUAACUCAUGAGCAAAGUGAAAUUACGUCUUUACUCCUACCUGGUGGCAGAACGGCUCAUUCUAGAUUUUCAAUACCCGUUACAAUUACUGAUGAAUCUACUUGCAAUAUCAAGUAUGGAAGUUUGAAGGCUGAGCUGCUCAUCCAAAGUAGCUUAAUAAUUUGGGAUGAAGCUCCAAUGCUCAAUAAAAUGUGCUUUGAAGCACUUGAUCGGAUGCUCAUGGAUCUUAUGUCAGUUACCGAUCAACAUAAGACACAUCAACCAUUUUGUGGUAAGGUUAUUGUUCUAGGAGGUGAUUUCAGACAGAUACUUCCGGUGAUUCCGAAAGGGAGUAGACACGAUAUAUUGACAUCAGCUAUUAACUCAUCCCAUAUGUGGUCGUUUUGUAAGGUUCUGAAACUGCAUACAAACAUGAGACUUCUAAUGUCUUCUUCAGAUCAAGAUGAAGGUGAAAUGAAGAGAUUUGCUAAUUGGAUACUUGAUGUUGGAAAUGGAAAUAUUGGUUCUGUUGUUGGUGAUGAAUCAGAAAUUGAAAUUCCAGAUGAUCUAUUGAUUACAACUACUGAUGACCCUCUCUUUCAUUUGGUAGACUUUACAUAUCCAAAUUUGUUACAAAACAUGUCAGAUUACAGGUAG